GGUAAAUGCUGAAACCUGAAAAUUUUACUCGAAUUGUAAACUUCGGAUUUUUUUUCUCGCGCAGUUGCUGUUCUUUGUAAUUUGGAUUUAUUGAAGGAACUAGUGCCAAAAUCAUGUUUAUGCUUCGAACAGGAUGUUUCAGUCUAUUAUAGAAAUUAUUGAUGGUGAUAUUCAUCAGGAAAUUGUCUCGGGAACACAUAAAAAUUCGCCAAGGCUACCUGGUCGCAAACGAAUGCAAAUUGCAUUCAGAUACGGAAUUUAAUAGACGUUUUGAACGAAUUGCUCACUAAACGAAACUUCGGAGUAGAGGUGAACAACACUACAUCAAUUUUAAAUUUCGAGGAUUGAAUUUUAGGAAAAGGCCAGAACAAGGCGUUCGCAAUGGCAGUCAAACAGCAUGUCACCGAUCUUAUUAAGAACCAACCGAAACCUGACAUCGCAAACAUGAUUGCAAUUAUAGAAAUGUUGCAAGCAAAUCCAGAAGCUCUUCCGAACGAAGAUGGAUUGAUUAAAAUUUGUGAGCAGCUUGUUUAUCAUCUAGCUCAAACACCACCAGGACGAGAGGUUGCAGAAAUUAAGACAAUGAAAUCUGAAAUAGGCAAGGUUUGUCACUUUUUUCGUGAAAUUAUGGAACGUAUGCCUCAACAACAUAACCAGAUUCGCCAAACUUGUCUGACGGUGCUAUAUAAUCAAAUAACAUCAGGAGAAGAAACAUCCAAUUACGCAUCGGCAGUGUUAGUACUGGUAGACAAAUCAAUGAUUAACACUGGUGUAACGUUAAUCCUGCAGCAAUCAAACAGAGACAUUAAAAAAAUUUUCAAAACACUCUCUCACUGGCUUGAGACGUAUGAUUUUGCUCCUGAUUUAGCAAUAUGGGUUUUAGAAAUUCUUGUCAGAUUACGGGAACAGCAAAAACAAGCGCUUGUUCGUGAAUUAUCUCUGGAUAUUAUUGAAUCAUAUUUCGGAAAGUUAAUGUUUCCGUUUUAUCGUCCAAAAUUAGGCCCUGUUGUAAUGUGCAUAUUGCAGUCAAAUGAUAACACUCCAGAUAUUUUCCAGAAGAUUACACCAAAGGCCCCUAAAGUAUUAAGGGAGCUUAGUAAGGAUGGGACAAUUACUGCAAAGCAUCCAAACCUAUUUCAAUUUUUAGUGGAUAUUCUUUCCGCUCUUAUGUUACAGUACCCAAUGACAGGCAACGACGGAUAUAAAUACGAGGAACUUGAUGCUUGCUUGCAAAGAUAUCCCAAAUCGAAAAAUUUUCGACAAACGCUCAAUGUUCCACUGUGGUAUGAUACUUCACAUGGUAUUAUGACAGCGUCAACAAAUGCAAGAGUUGGUUUGGUGAAUCUCGGUAACACUUGUUAUAUGAAUAGUGUACUACAGGCACUGGUUAUGACGAAGCAGUUCAGUAGAGAAGUUCUGUUAUCAAAAAUCGAUGCCCCGUUAUUUUCACAAAUUCAGAAGCUUUUGGCUUUAUUGCUCCACUCAGCACGACCGGAGUUGACUCCGCGAGCUUUACUUGCUGCGGCGCGCCCCCCAGAUUUUGUUCCAGGUUAUCAACAAGACUCGUCCGAAUUCCUUGGUUAUCUCUUGGAAAAGCUUCACGAGCAAGAGAAAAAGCUUAUAAAAGAUCAAUUUAUUGAUAGUAAUGUUGAAACCCACUGGACGUGCAACGACAAAAAAUCGCAUAUCAAAGAAUCACUCCCCAGUGUAAUCGGAAUUACUCAGAAUGACCAGUCAACCGGUGAACAAGUAGCGAGCAUCGUGCCAUGCAAUGAGUCGUUGCUUCCACCUACGCUUAUACAAAAAACGUUCGGUGGUAAAUUGUUUGUAACCUACCAGUGUAAUGAAUGCGGGUCUCAAAGUACGAACCUGGAUGCGUUCCGAUCAUUUGAGCUUUCAUUUCCGGAAUCGAGUGACCUAGGAAUAGAAUAUUCAGUUCAAAAACUACUUGAUUUUUAUUGUUCCUCAGAAAAGCUGAUAGGAGAUAAUCAAUAUUUCUGUGAUAAAUGUAAAAAAUUGUGUGACGGCGAGCGUUCCAUUCGUAUCUUGAAAUCGCCGAGAAAUUUGAUUCUUACCCUGAAACACUUUCGAUACGAUCAACAGAGACACACCAGGGCAAAACUAAUGAAUAAAGUGCUGCAUGAUGAAAUGAUAUCCCUGCGAAUAGUUACGGAUACUGGGCAUUCCUCUGUCAUGCAAUACUCGUUAUAUGCAGCAGUAGUGCAUGCGGGGACAAGUAUGGAUUCUGGACAUUAUUAUACCUACGCACAAGAUAAAUCAGACUGUUGGUACAAAUUCAACGAUAACUUUGUCACAAAGUGCUCCGCUGAUGAGUUGCAUUCAUUGUCCAGCCCGAAUACACCAUACAUUUUGUUCUAUCAAAUGCUUUUGUCUUCGGUUACCGAUGGAAACAACGCCCAUUGCUUAGAUCUAGAUGAAGAUAUGGAUGAUCCAGCAGUCGUUAAAUCGCCAUCUAAUCUUUUAAAAUCGGCCGAGGAUUGUCAGCUUCCCGAGCUUGAAGAACUCCCCCCGCAUUUACGUGACAUUAUAGUCGGUGAUAAUCAAUCAUACAAUGAGGAAAUGCGUAAUGAAAACAAAAAAGUAACCAAACAUCGUACAGGCACCAAUAAAAUUGUUUUGCCAAAAAAUUACGACUCAGACAACGACGAUCCGCCACCGAACUCAUGUGGGAGCAAAAUAAAUUAUAAUAACCGUUUUAUCUACUAAUCGAUUGCUACAAACCAUGAGGAGUGCUUGAGGCGUGUUGCAGUAACCGGAUAACAUAUUUUUGAAAGUGUCUCGUUUGGUAGAGCAGCAAAAUAACUACUUGUCGUUCAAAUAAAUUCAUUAAUCUUAAAUAAAUCUUUAA